GGAAGUCGGCGGGUACCUAUAUUUUUUGUCAAAUUCGAGCUCGUUGAAUUGCGCAUUAGUCACUAGUUUAGCAUCAGUGUCGAAGCUUGCGGCGCAUCGUCGACAUGCAUGCAGCACUGCGAUAGCGUCAGUCGCGUCGGGUGCAACAACUAUCGCUCGCUAUCGCAAUGUCGCAACGAUGUCUGCUUUGUGACGCUUUUGUUUGCCAUAUCUCUCUGGCCGCUCGCGCUCGCUCGAUCGCCUUCUCUGUAAUUUAGAGCCUUAAUCGUCACAGUCACAAGUUCACGACUCGCGGAUUUGAUUCGGCAGGGCGCAAAUUGAUCGUGAGGAUCGUGUCGGUGAGACGCGGGCCGUUGGAUUUUCCGUGUGAAUCCGUGCAUUAUAUUGGUGCUCGCUUAUGUGCAGUGGGUUGCUAGUGAUGUGAGGAUGCUAGUGCGUGGCCAUGUCUAGCGUGGCGAAGAAAGACAAGCCCACGAUGUCUGUGACGGCGCUGAUCAACUGGGCGCGGCCACCGCCGCCGGGGCCGCAGCAGCCGCCGCCCGCGACCAACCUCCUGCAACCGUUCGCAAUGCCAUCCACCAUUCCCAGCGUCGACUGCUCCCUCGACAUGCAAUGGUUAAACCUGGAGAGCAGCUUCAUGUCGCCGAUGUCCCCGCCUGAGAUGAAGCCCGACACAGCCAUGUUGGACGGGCUCCGGGACGACGCGACCUCCCCCCCGGCCUUCAAGAACUACCCCCCCAAUCACCCACUGAGCGGGUCGAAACACCUCUGCUCAAUAUGCGGAGACAGGGCCUCAGGGAAACACUACGGAGUAUACAGUUGCGAAGGCUGCAAAGGGUUCUUCAAGAGGACAGUACGGAAGGACCUCACAUACGCGUGUCGCGAAGAACGGAAUUGCAUCAUCGACAAGCGACAGAGGAAUAGAUGCCAGUACUGUCGAUAUCAGAAAUGUCUGGCGUGCGGCAUGAAGCGCGAGGCAGUGCAGGAGGAGCGGCAGCGGGCAGCUAGGGGGACAGAGGAUGCUCACCCGAGCAGUUCUGUACAGGAGCUGUCGAUCGAGCGGCUGCUGGAGAUGGAGUCGCUGGUGGCGGACACCAGCGAGGAGUGCCAGUUCCUGCGGGUCGGGCCCGACAGCAACGUGCCCCCCAAGUUUCGCGCUCCCGUCUCUAGCCUUUGUCAAAUAGGUAACAAACAAAUCGCGGCGCUGGUGGUGUGGGCGCGCGACAUCCCGCACUUCGGGCAGCUGGAGAUGGAGGACCAGGUGCUGCUCAUCAAGAGCGCGUGGAACGAGCUGCUGCUCUUCGCGAUAGCGUGGCGCUCGAUGGAGUUCCUGACGGAUGAGCGUGAAAACAUGGAUGGCACGCGAAGCUCUUCGCCGCCACAGCUCAUGUGCUUGAUGCCUGGCAUGACGCUGCACCGCAACUCGGCGCUGCAGGCGGGCGUGGGGCAGAUCUUCGACCGCGUGCUGUCGGAGCUGUCGCUGAAGAUGCGCGCGCUGCGCAUGGACCAGGCCGAGUACGUCGCGCUCAAGGCCAUCAUCCUGCUCAACCCGGAUGUAAAAGGAUUGAAGAACCGUCAGGAGGUCGAAGUACUGCGGGAAAAGAUGUACUCGUGCCUCGACGAGUACUGCCGGCGCUCGCGCGGCACAGAGGAGGGCCGCUUUGCGUCGCUGCUGCUGCGGCUGCCCGCGCUGCGCUCCAUCUCGCUCAAGAGCUUCGAGCACCUGUUCUUCUUCCACCUCGUCGCCGACGCCUCCAUCGCCGCCUACAUCCGCGACGCGCUGCGCACGCACGCGCCGCCUAUCGACGCCUCCGCCAUGCUGUAGGAAGCGACUGUAAGACAAGUCGACUACGUGUCACCGGUCGAUGAUCAAUGCUGUGUGUAUUGACGCCUCGGCCAUACUCUAGGAAGCUAUUGUAAGACAAGUCGGCUACGUGUCACCAGUCGACGACCAACGUGCUGUGUAUAGUGUAUACCAACGCCUCCGCCAUGCUGUAGGAAACAACUAUACGAGUCAUAUCACCAGUCGACAAGCAACGUGCUGUGUUUAUUGACGCCUCGUCCAUGCUCUAAGAAGCGACUGUAAGACAAGUCGACUACGUGUCACCAGUCGACAAUCAAUGCUGUGUGUAUUGACGCCUCCGCCAUGCUGUAGGAAACGACUAUACGAGUCAUAUCACCAGUCGACAAUCAACGUGCUGUGUGUGUUGACGCCACGGCCAUGCUGUAGGAAGCGACUGUACGAGUCUUAGUCGGCGACAUCACCAGUCGACAAUCAACGUGCUGUGUAUACCAACGCAUCCGCCAUGCUCUAGGAAGCUAUUGUAAGACAAGUCGACUACGUGUCACCAGUCGACAAUCAAUGCUGUGUGUAUUGACGCCUCCGCCAUGCUCUAGGAAGCGACUGUACGAGUCUUAGUCGGCGACAUAUCACCAGUCGACAAUCAACGUGCUGUGUGUAUUGACGCCUCGGCCAUGCUGUAGGAGGCGACUGUAAAGUCUUAGUCGGCGACAUAUCAUCAGUCGACAGUCAACGUGCUGUGUAUAUUGACGCCUCGUCCAUGCUCUAGGAAGCGACUGUAAAGUCUUAGUCGGCGACAUAUCAUCAGUCGACAGUCAACGUGCUGUGUAUGUUGACGCCUCGUCCAUGCUCUAGGAAGCGGCCGUACAAGUCUUAGUCGGCAACAUGUCACCAGUCGACAGUCAACGUGCUGUGUAUGUUGACGCCUCGUCCAUGCUCUAGGAAGCGACUGUAAGACAAGUCGACUACGUGUCACCAGUCGACAAUCAACGUGCUGUGUAUAUUGACGCCUCGUCCAUGCUCUAGGAAGCGACUGUAAAGUCUUAGUCGGCGACAUAUCAUCAGUCGACAGUCAACGUGCUGUGUAUGUUGACGCCUCGUCCAUGCUCUUGAUAGAGACUGUACGAGUCUUAGUCGGCAACAUCACCAGUCGAAAGUCAACGUGCUGUGUAUAUUGACGCCUCGUCCAUGCUCUAGGAAGCGACUGUACGAGUCUUAGUCGGCGACAUCACCAGUCGAAAGUCAACAUGCUGUGUAUACCAACGCCUCCGCCAUGCUCUAAGAAGCGACUGUACAAGUCUUAGUCGGCGACAUAUCACCAGUCGACAAUCAACGUGCUGUGUGUAUUGACGCCUCGGCCAUGCUGUAGGAAGCGACUGUACGAGUCAGUCGGCGACAUAUCACCAGUCGACGAUCAGCAUGCUGUGUAUAUUGACGCCUCGUCCAUGCUCUAGGAAACGACCGUACAAGUCAUAGUCGGCGACAUCACCAGUCGACAAUCAACGUGCUGUGUAUACCAACGCCUCCGCCAUGCUACGAAGUGACUACAGGCUGCGCUUACGACGAGUCGGCGACGUUUCACCAGUAGACCAUCAACGUGAUCUAGGAGUCGGUUGCCUGUGUAUAUUGACGCCUCUGUUCUAGGCGAGCCAUUACACCCUGCGCUUUGAAUAUGCUAUGACGACGCCAUCGAGAUCUAGGCGGAACCCCAGAAAUACACUGCGCCGUUAAAACACGCUUGCGACUUAGCGCUAUGACUAGUCGACAAACCGCACGUUCUAAGAGUUGGUAGCCGCACGUCUUAUAGGCUAACUAUCAUGCGGUUUCGAUUUAGCAUAGCGCUAAGUCGAUCAACAAUCUUGCUCUAGGAACCGGUUGGUCGGUUACCUGGGUACGAUAUGCCUCUGCCAUCUUCUAGGCCGCGCCCCGUCGGUUACACUGCGCUUGCCACUCAGAUAUCACGACUCGACGAUUCACAGCUCUCGGUGUGUUACCCAUAAAUUAAUAUUCCUUCGGAAUAAGGCAACAACCACGAGCUGUCAAACGAAACCGAUUUUGGAUGACACUGGAUAUCAUUUAUUUGUGUGUUUUGUACAGUAAAUCAAUCAAGCACUUUUUUUCAUGAACAUCCACAAUUUCCAAAAAAGGUUCUGUUCGACGUGACGGCGACGGCAUCACGCAUCUCUUCUUAUCACACAGUGUUGCUGCUAGUGACAUCUCGCUUGCUCAGUUCUUUGUUGCUCUAUUCCUCUAGGUAUAUUAACUUUAUGCUGUUACCUUGUGUACGAUACAUUACAUCUCUCCCCGAGUUACACCUCGCGUCAGUUACGCUGCGCUUGCAACUUGUGGCUACGCAUCAGUCGAUCCUUAGAUGAUCUCUAGGCGAUCUGUCGAUUUAUUGGCAUACAUUCAUUCGUUCGCUACUUGCGUCCGCGAAUGGUGACCAUACGCAGUUCGAUUAGGGUUCAUUCUGUAAAAACCAGUUUGGUGCAAUUAACACUGGAUCGUAUUAUUAAUCGAUAUAGCGUAUGGCAUCAUCAGCGGACAACAUACACCUUUAUGUGAAAUACAACACUGCCUCUGCGUUUAGCAUGCUCUACUACAGACAACAAUCUGACACUAUUAAUUACAUUUAAGACGCCGCCAGUUGACUAAUAAAUAACGUUGACAGCAAAUUCACCUUUUAAAUGUAUAAAAUUAUCCGGGCACCUCUGUACUAAGCCACACAACUGGCCACGAACUGUAUAAUAAUUGUCUUAGGUAUAAAUAAACUCAUUGCGGUUGAACUUCAUUUAAAAUAUUCGAGGUCACCGUAAUUAUUAUUUGUAAAAACCAAAAAGAUAAAUGCGCUCUAUUUUUGUAAUAUCUUAUUUCGAGAUUUUACAAAAGAUUUAGAUAUCCGCUGCUCUGACUUUUAUUUCCGAAUCUAAGAUCGAACGUAGAUUCUGUCCCGAGUUUAUUCUUAGUCAGAUUUCAUAAUUAAUUAUCAAUCACUUCAUAUUAUAGGUCAUUAACCUAUCGUUUAACUUUGUUAACUAGAAUGCUUUACAUACCGAGAACAAUAAGAUAAUAAUAAAUACGUUGUACCUAAUGGAUUAUGUUGAAUGUACCUUCUUUCUCUUCGUUAGUUUUUAGGUGUUGUUUUGCCGCUCGUACAAAGACAGGUAAAAAUAUGAACUUUGAAUUUCUUCGUUACGUACUGUCAUUGUUUUCGCGGCGUACGUAAAUGACACUACGGCCUUUCUAAAGUGAAUAAUUCAAUGGUUCUCUAGAGGACAAUCUCUGUAAAUAUUGAAAGACAAGAGUUUUAAAAAAUUCAAGGGGCAUCUGUAUUGUUACACUGAAAUAGGUAUAUGCAAAACUCAAGGCGGAUGCCAUAAUAUGUUAAUAGGAGCGUUUUAUUUUUUUAUUGUUGAUGACAAUACUAUUGAAAUGUCUGUUGAUUAAGCCCCAAUGUGACUGAAAUAUUUUAAAAGGACAAUGCUUCGACGUGUCAGUGCGAGACCUGCGCGUCUCCUCCACUGACGAGAAUGAUCUUGCAACGUUAGGUAAUGGAAAUGGGGCCGCCUCUUUAAUUAAUUAUUACGUAGUUUUAAUAAUAUUAAUGUAAUUAGGUCAUUUAUUAGAGAAUUAUAUUCUACAAGUAGAUAUUCUUUAGUGAAUUAUUAUUAUUAAUAGUAAUAUUGUUAGAUUGUACACAUAAUUAAUAAUUUAACAUUACCAAAACUCCCUUCAAAGCACUACCGAAGAUACAAUUUAUGCACAGAUUAUGGUCCUUUUCGAAAAAAUAGAACUCUUAAUAAAAGUAUUGUUUAAAUUGCAGCCGUUAACUCGAAAUUCAACAAAAUGGUGCUGACAUGCAAUCAUAUGCGAAAGCAUAUCAAAUGCAUAAUUUAAAAUUGUUACUUGAGAAUAGUUUUAUUUCUCUAAUAAGUAAAUGUUAAGAAUUUUAUUAUAAAACUUGUAAAUAUAACUGCGUGUACAAUGCAACUAUGUUCUCGUAUGGAUAAAUUAUAUAAUAUACAUAAUUCUAUUGCUAUAAAUAUAUGUAUCUCACCAGUAGCGGGUGGUGGGAAGAGUUUAACGUGGCCUACUAGCGGAAUGAAUGUCUCACUCUUAUCUAAAAGGCCAGUUUAUUUUUGUACCUCAUUAAACACGCAUUUCAAUGAUAUAUUACUAACAAAAUUAACCAGUAUUAAUAAUGGAUGAAAUAAAAAAAAAUUAAACCAUUUUAUUUCAUUAAAAAUGAAUAAAGGUCACCUGUUUCAAAAAUUACAAAUUGAAAUUAUAUCGUUAGACACUCGUGAUGUUAAUAUUCUAUAAAAUAUUAUCUUCUAUCGCAGGGCUUAGAAUGUAGUGUAAAGCUCAAUUCUCUGUAAUCUACAUUACGAGCGAAAGUGGCUAGCUAGUUGUUAAACUUGAUUAAUAUAAGACGUUUCCACUACAUUCUUUUAAUUUGUUGAAAACGGUGUUUAUGUUAAAACAAUGUUGAACAAUGAUAUUAUUCUAUGGAUGGGUUUGAGAAUUUAUGUAGCAGGUGUUGCAGCGGUUGUGAGAUGAUUUAUAAAGAUGUUCACUAAAUAUCUGACUAAGUUAAGUUAUAUUUUUUGUAUAGACAUAGCUUUAAGAUAAAUGGUAAUUAAAAUGAUUAUCAUAUUUAAUAAA